CGGUUCUUUGUCCCUCCUAAUAUCAAACAGUGGAUUGCCCUGCUGCAGAGGGGAAAUUGCACAUUUAAAGAGAAAAUAUCACGGGCUGCUUUCCACAAUGCAGUUGCCGUAGUCAUCUAUAAUAAUAAAUCCAAAGAGGAGCCCGUCACCAUGACUCAUCCAGGCACUGGAGAUAUUAUUGCCGUCAUGAUUACAGAAUUGAGGGGUAAGGAUAUUUUGAGUUAUCUGGAGAAAAACAUCUCUGUACAAAUGACAAUAGCUGUUGGAACGCGAAUGCCGCCAAAGAACUUCAGCCGUGGCUCUCUAGUCUUCGUGUCAAUAUCCUUUAUUGUUCUGAUGAUUAUUUCUUCAGCAUGGCUCAUAUUCUACUUCAUUCAGAAGAUCAGGUACACGAAUGCACGCGACAGGAACCAGCGUCGUCUUGGAGAUGCCGCCAAGAAAGCCAUCAGCAAAUUGACCACCAGAACAGUAAAAAAGGGUGAUAAGGAAACGGACCCCGACUUCGAUCACUGUGCAGUCUGCAUCGAGAGCUAUAAGCAGAAUGACGUGGUCCGGAUUCUCCCCUGCAAGCACGUUUUCCACAAGUCCUGCGUGGAUCCCUGGCUUAGUGAACAUUGUACCUGUCCAAUGUGCAAACUUAAUAUUUUGAAGGCCCUGGGAAUUGUGCCAAAUUUGCCAUGUACUGAUAACGUAGCAUUUGACAUGGAAAGGCUCACCAGAACCCAGGCGGUUAACCGAAGAUCAGCCCUAGGUGACCUCGCCAGCGACAACUCCCUUGGCCUCGAGCCACUUCGAACUUCGGGGAUCUCGCCGCUUCCUCAGGAUGGGGAGCUCACUCCCAGAACGGGAGAGAUCAACAUUGCAGUAACAAGUGGUCACUUCUUUCACCGAAACUCCUUGUCUCCUCGGAGCCUGGUGUACGAAAGUGAAUUCUCCACAAUCGAACCUUCUUUGGACAUGCUCAGCAUCAGCACCAAGAAGGCCCAAGAGCUUCUGGGAAAAGACACGGUGGCCAGCAUAGCGGACCUUCAGGGACACACACGCUCCUCCCACGCGCCUGGGAUGACAUGACGUUAACAUCACGAGAAACCUGCACCUGGAGAGUAAUCCCGACCCAGAACCACGGUCAGCAAAUUUACGAGAAUGGAAACUCCAGCCUCCGCAUUCUAGAGUUAGAUCUGGCAGCAAACCGCACAGACCUGUGACCCCGCGCCACCCUGUGAGUUUUAUCGACUCUGUAAAACGCAAGUUUGAGGUGAACACUUGCCAUUUUCCCGUGUGCGGCUGGCUUCUCUUUAUGUGUCUAUUCCCAUCGUGUGUUGCCAAGAUGCCUCAAACACGGCUGUGCCCUGAGCAAACCCCUCAGAGAACCAGGCUGGUGAUAGCCAUCAGGAAUGUCGCCUCAGAGUGACCCACGGCGCUGUUUCUAAUCACGGGAGCUGGAACAGUGCAGAAUUUGUAAGGUCUUAGCCGCUUUUUCUUUUUUACCUUUCACCAAGGGCUUCUGUUUGAUUCCCCCCCCCUUUUUAUUGUCUUUGUACUAUAAAACUAUUUUUGAUAAACAGUUUCAAGAGAGCACUGUUCAGGAAGACAAGCUUCGCCCCCGCGGCUGUGCGGGGAGGGAAUGCAUCGCCAGGAGGCGAGAACUCAGUGUGCCGGGCGCUGCAGACACACACCGGAGCUUUGUUUGGCUUGGCUCCCCCGGCAGGGAAGACGGCUCAGCUCUGACCAUGUAGUCUGUGCCACGACCUUGUUUUCCCGCACUAGAACUGAGAGCCCCUCAGAGCAUUCUCUCCUGGCUGGCACAGUCUCGCAAAAAGCCUAUACGUUACAUUUCACUCAAGACAUCCCCUUCCUGAAAAGGAAUGAAAUCACGUGAGAAGAAAGUAAAGAUUCAGGCCCCUAAAAAAAUACCUACCUAUUCAACAACAACAUUUGAAUUUCUGGUAAAUCUAGGGCACGCCUCCACUGUCAAAGAGCCAAGGAGGCAUUUCUUACAGGGGAGUUCACUCAGAAUAGUGCCCCAGGUCCCAGCUCGGCACCUUUUCCCUAAAAAUCAAGGCUACUUUCGUGCUCGGCUACAGAAUGUCCCGCCUUUGUCGGGAGGGACGGUAACUUCUACGUGGAGGUCGUGUACUCCGGGAAUGGCCAUAUUUGUCCCAAAUAACAGCCUCUUUGCUGGCAGUGGGGUGGAGACUCCGCCGGGGAGCCGUGCCAGGGACGCUGGAGGGCGGGGAAGCUUGGUGAGGACAAACUCCUCAGCACCCCUGCCUCUGAGAAGUUCGAGCUGUGCGAUACAGGCAAGGCGGGGUUGUGCGGAGACACUUCCUCCCAACAUAUGGGCAUCUCAGCUGUGGCAAGUCUUACAGCCACAAUGGUCAUCAGCCGGGACGUGUAGACAACUUCUGAUCGAUUUUGGGGGGUGGGGGGAGGAUUACUGCUUGAAGAACAGAAGGGGCAGAGAACAGUGGCUUGACCACAAACCCUCCAUCCCUCUGGCGGCCGGCUCUGAGCUGGACCUGGCUCUCCCUCUCCCUCUAGCCUCCACCCUGCCCCCCGGCCGAGCUGGGUGCAGACCUGUCAGCGGGCACCGCAGGCUAGCCAUAACCAUCACCUGAGCAGCCGGAAAUCGGGUUGAAUCGGGUGAAACAGUUAAAAUGCAAACACUCUCAACUUGGUUGUUUUUUAACUUCCUAAGUGAAGACCUGCCCCUUGGCCCCCCUCUGCUGACCUGUCAGGCAGAGGGAAGAGGCUACUAGCCAGGACACAACAGGAAGGCCAGGCAUGGAGUCACCCCGUGGUGGGCACCGUGGGCAGCGUGCCUGUCCAGGGCUGCCUGCCUCCGCUCCCCCAGGGGAAGACAAGGGCUGCUCCCCGGCGCUGAGAGACACCCCAGCAAGUCUGGCGAGCCCCGCUUGUGAAGGAAGGCUCCAUCUCGCAGCCCCUCCUCAGGCCUGGCUCCCCGGUAGAGGCUGAGCCUCUACCGCCAGCCUCCCCGAGGCCGCCAACAGCCCAGCUUCCAAAACAUGGCGGGCGCCAAGCGUUGAGACAAAAUAAGAUGACUGAAUUUGACGGACCUGGUACUUCCUGUGGGCUUUAGAAACUCUCCUCGGAUUGUUACUACCCCUCACCCUCACCUCCCCUCACCCCAGCUGUUUCCAUGGUCUCCGUGGUGAGUCAAACUGGUUUUAACUGAGGGCAAAUCAAAAUGCUGUCUUACUGUUACCCUCGAUUACUUGGGCUCGGGUUCUCCUCCAGGAAAGCAAGGAGGUGGCGUUCGGGCCAGGUCACCUUGCCAAGCGGUCGCUGCUCCUCAGCGUCCUCAGACACAGACACGGGUUUCCAGCAAGUAGAAUUUAGCAGGGGGAAGGCAGCACUACAAGGCUACUCGUGCCCAGAGCCCGUUAUGAAGCGCUCACCGUGUGCUAAACACACCCACUCCGAGCUCAGUGACCCCAGCGAUCACUGAGACUUAGGCUGUGAUAGCAAAUGGGCACGUUAACAGCCAGCUGAGGUGGGAGGCCAGACACCAUGAGGGUGAGUCAUGAAGAGGGGGCUUUCCUGGGUGUGGAGGGAGGGACACAGGGCAGCCACGGAGGGGUGUGACUGGCUAGGGCGGGGGUCUCACUCCCCAGGGUGGGUGUGGACCAGAGAGGUUGCUCUGGGGCCCGGGCAGAGCAGAGCACUUCAGUUAGGCCAAAACCGGGUCCCACUGAAAGCAGAAAAGGAAGGUGCCAGAGGCUGAAGCAGGAGCCCGGGUUGGCAGGCUUGGUGACUCAGGGGGUGUUGGUGGGACCCAGAGAGAGCCCCUGUGGGGACACUUUCCAUCUCAGGCUGGCAGGGCCUCUAGAGGGAGGCCUAGAGAUGCAGCUCUGGGUCUCAGGCAGAGGUUUGGUAGGGAAAGAGUGGUCAGGGCAGGGCCCUCUGCAUCAGAAUCCCUGGGAAGCUGUGUUUAAAUGAACUUGUCACCUACCAAAGUAGGCCCAUGUGAUUCCAGUCCCUGAGGUGUCCCAAACCUUCUCCCUCCCUGUCUCCGCCCUCUGUCUCCCCCUUCCCCCAUUUCCCCCUUUCUCCCCUCCCUGUCUCCCCCUUCUUCCCUCUCUGUAUCCCCCUUA